ACGUGAUUUGUUUUCUGUAAAGUGCAGCAGCUGGACUGACGGGAUUGGUACUCUGGAAUGAUGUGUAGAGUGUUCCCAGGAAUGGUGCUGUCCCUCUGUGUCACUGUGGGAAUGAUGACAAAUCCACAGGUUAUACUCAGUCCGGAUCCAGUGAGGGUCGCAGUGGGCAGCUCAGUGCAGAUACAGUGUGCAAUUGUGCACGGCAGUGUGCAACAUCUUGGUGUAACGUGGAAUAGUAACCACGGUGAGAUCCUGACACAUUCCCAAUCUGAUGGGGUUACCCGAGAUCACACCGAAAAUGAGAAAGUACAAUCUUACAGAGAUCUCAGACACAACAGCUACAUCCUCACCAUCAGAGACAUGGAGGCCAGCAACAGUGGACGUUAUCACUGUGACAUUGUUGGAAAGAACACGCUCAACAGCGUAAACACUGUCACGGUAUCUGUACAAGGCAGAGAUUUUCCUGUCCCAGCUCAGUCACCGAUGCUGAAUGUCAGAGUGAGUCAGACUGCUGCGGUAAACUGCUCUGUGCCGGGUAUCGAUUUGGAUAAGACUGAUUUACACUGGCACCGACGUAACCUGACAGGGUAUCAGUGGGUUGUGACACACCGUGCUAAUGGCAUUGUGGAAGUGAAUAAACAUUUUCAGGGACAUUUUAAUUCUACCAGCGAUAUCGCCAGUCGUGUUGCCACUCUAAUAGUCACAAACAUUCAACCUGAAGAUGCAACUGUGUAUUACUGUAAAGUGUGGGGUGAUGUGUAUGGGAACGGAACCCAGAUCAAUAUCAUCGGGGAUGAGAGUCUGAAUUUGUUUCCUAUUAUUCUGGGCUGUGUGCUGGCUGUCCUUCUGUUGCUGGUCAUUGCUGUUAUCAUUGUGCUCUAUGUAAAACGAUGGGCAUGUUUCACAACAACAUCAAAACCAAACAGAGUUACUAAUGAAGGAACUGACAGCGUUUAUGCAACAGCCAAUGGUCUAACCCCAGCCCACAAUCCACCAGCUGCGGCUCCUAUUGUGGAGGAUGACGGAGAGAUGCAUUACGCUGAACUACAAAUGGGAAAAGUCACUCAGCACCAGCAGGCCACGGUCACAGUCAGUGAUACAAACUCGGAGUAUGCAGCUGUCAAACACACAUAGUCACCUGGAUGUAUCCUUCGCUGUUGCUGCAGGCAACAGACUCUCUCAAAGCUAACCUGCCCUAUUUCUGAGCAGCAUUGAGGUGCACUGAGACCCUAUUAAACCUGAGAUUACUGGGCACUCAGACCAUCCCAGACCCAGAGAUUACUGGACACUCAGACCCUCCCAGACCCUGAGAUUACUGGACACUCAGACCCUCCCAGACUCUGAGAUUACUGGGCACUCAGACCAUCCCAGACCCUGAGAUUACUGGACACUCAGACCCUCCCAGACCCUGAGAUUACUGGACACUCAGACCCUCCCAGACUCUGAGAUUACUGGGCACUCAGACCCUCCCAAACCCUGAGAUUACUGGGCACUCAGACCCUCCCAGACCCUGAGAUUACUGGACACUCAGACCCUCCCAGACCCUGAGAUCACUGGGUACUCAGACCCUCCCAGACCCUGAGAUUACUGGGCACUCAGACCCUGAGAUUACUGGGCACUCAGACCCACCCAGUCCCUGAGAUUAUGGGGCACUCAGACCCUCCCAAACCCUGAUGUUACUGGGCACUCAGACCCUCCCAGACCCUGAGAUUACUGGGCACUCAGACCCUGAGAUUACUGGGCACUCAGACCCUCCCAGUCACUGAGAUUACUGGGCAGUCAGACCCUCCCAAACCCUGAUGUUACUGGGUACUCAGACCCUCCCAGACUCUGAGAUUACUGGGCACUCAGACCCUCCCAGACCCUGAGAUUACUGGGCACUCAGACCCUCCCAGACCCUGAGAUUACUGGACACCCAGACCCUCCCAGACCCUGAGAUUACUGGUCACUCAGACCCUCCCAGUCACUGAGAUUACUGGGCACUCAGACCCGCCCGGACCCUGAGAUUACUGGGCACUCAGACCCUCCCAGACCCUGAGAUUACUGGGCACGCAGACUCUCCCAAACCCAGAUGUUACUGGGCACUCAGACCCUCCCAGACACUGAGAUUACUGGGCACUCAGACCCUCCCAGACCCUGAGAUUACUGGGCACUCAGACCCUCCCAGAUCCUGAUGUUACUGGGCACUCAGACCCUCCCAGUCACUGAGAUUACUGGGCACUCAGACCCUCCCAGACCCUGAGAUUACUGGGCACUCAGACCCUCCCAGAUCCUGAUGUUACUGGGCACUCAGACCCUCCCAGUCACUGAGAUUACUGGGCACUCAGACCUUCCAGGGAGCCCUGUCUCAGGACAGGGGGCAAGUCUUUUUGAACUGAGAUGAGGAGGAAUUUCCUCUUGGUUGAAUCUUUGGAAUUCUCAUCACCAGAGGCUGUGAAAACUCAAUCUUUGAGGAAAUUCCAGAUUGAAAUUGCUGGGUUUUGAGUUUCUACUGGUUUAUGUAGAUAAUGGAUGGAUAUAGUGCUGAGGUAUAGGUUUAGCCAUGAUCAUACUGAACAUACCAACAUCCCUCAGUAUCUGUUUGCAUCCCUCCCACAACCCACCUUUCCUUCUGUUUUUGUGCCACCUGCAACGUUAGCUACAAUGUACUCUCUCCUUCCUCCCAGUCAUUAAUAGAAAUUGUGAACAGUUGUGGUCCUUGCAUUGAUCCCUGUGGAACUCCCUGCCCAUGGGUCUCCAACGUGAAAAAGAAUCCCUUCAUCCCCACUCAGUGUUUCCUCCCAGUUCUCCAGCCGCUGCAUAUACUCCCUCCCACACUGUGGGAACUUAUCUUAUGGCUUAACCUUCGGUGAGGUUUCUCAGUAAACACCUUCUGAAAAUCCAGCUACAACUCAUUGACUGGUUCCUGUCUAUACACUCUGCUUAGCAAUUCCUUGGAAACCUCUAACACAGUCCCUUUCGUGAAGCCACCCUGACUCUGCUUGAUUAGAUUAUGAUUUUCCAAAUGUUCUGCUGUUGCUUCCCUAAAAAUUGAUUCCAUUAUUUCACCAGCAAUAGGAGUGAGGCUGUUUGACCUAUAAUUACCCAUUUUUCACCUCCCGCCCUUCCUGAAUCAGGCUGUCUCAUUGGCUGGUUUUCCAUUUCAAGAUCUUUGGAAAAUUACAACCAAUGCAUCCACUAUCUCUGUAGCUCCCUCUUUUGGGAUUCUAGGAUGGAAACCAUCACGGCCAGGGAAUUCUCUGCCUCUCGCCACAUUGGAUUAUGGAACACAACUUCUCUCGUGACUGUGAUGGUAGUUAAUUCCUUCGUCUGUAUUCUUUAGUCUUAAGGGGACAUUCAGAGUAUCUUCCACUGUAAGGACUGAUCAAUAUAUCUGUUUAACGACUCUCCCAUUUCCUUGUUCCCCAAACCACCUUCCCCAGAUUCGUUUUCUGAAGGCAGGAGGUGCACUUUGACCUCUCUCUUCCUUUUUAUACAUUGAAAGAAGCUCAUCCUCCCUGCAGCCCCUACUCUCACCCACACCGGGAGCCAGAAUCUCAAACCUGUUCAACAGCUCAAGGCCUGAGAUUCCUUCAGCACCACCUCCUGGAUCCCGCGUACCUGCCUCACUCAUAGUCACACCCUCCCGUGUGUUGCCACUGACCUGAAUUUGAAUGACUUUAUCUAAGGGCUGCGACUGUUUCCUGAAACAGGUAACUCCCAGGUAACCUUCUCCCUCCCUGAUGCUCUGAGUUCAUCAACUGUGAGUCAGAGCCCCUUAAGCAACUAACACUUGCUACAAAUGUGGUUCCUGUGAUCCACAAUGGUGUCCAGCAGCUCCCACAUCCUGCAGGUACAACACAUCACCUGGCCCCACAUCUCUGUUUUAUUGUCUUUGUUCUUAAUUUGGUUUUAUUUUCAGAAUUUCCUGCUGUUUAUUUUAGGAUUCCCCAUAAAUAUUUCCCCUAUUUAUCUUCGAUCUGAAAGGAGCUGACAAUAGUGGGUCAAAUUAUCAGCAAUUCCCAACCAAUGAACUUACAAAUUACUGUGAUGUCACUCUGUUUUUACUGAACCCUGAUCCUCAGCUUCACUUUAUCCUGACUUUGGAAGAAACCCCACAAGCUCUGAACCAAAAAGUGAGCAAAUAAAUUACCCCACUUCCCCACUGCACUGCAUUGCCCCACUGCCCACCAAGUCCCGGAAUGGUAUACGAGCCCAGGCUGGGCCUCAGUGCGGACAUGCUGUCUCUUUCCUGAUUGAGUGAAGCAAACUGAUGCAGCUGGUUUCUGAAGGAGUUUCUGACUGAUGCUCGUGUUG